AUGAUUUCCCCAGCUCGAUUCAGUACUUUAUUGAGAUCUGCACCUAGAUCAAUAAUCAAACCCAGUACAACAUCAAAUAAUUUCUACGUUAAAAACAGAUCAAUUAGAUUAUUCAAUUCAAUGUCAGAUCCCACUUUCUCUCACGAUUUCGACCAUUCAGUCUACAAGGGUAAAGUAGAUAUUCCUGUUGGAUUAUAUAUCAACGGUAAAUGGUCAAAAUCAAUUGAUUCAAAUGCCAAAACCAUCGAUAUCUACAACCCAUCUACUGGAAAAGUCCUUGUUUCUAUCCCUGAAGGAACUGCAGCAGACGUAGACGCAGCUGUCAAACACGCUCACACCGCUUUUAACAAUGUUUGGGGUCUUCACACUCCCGGUUUCAAGAGAGGUGAACUCCUUAUCAAGAUCGCUGAAUUGAUAGAAAGAGAUAUCGAUAUCAUCUCUUCCAUUGAAGCUCUCGAUAACGGAAAAACAUUCUCCGCCGCUAAAGGUUUCGAUGUCACUGAAGCCGCUAGAGUAUUCAGAUACUACGGUGGAUGGGCUGAUAAGAUCCACGGUAAAACUAUCGAGACCACCGAGGCUAAACUCUCCUACACCCGACACGAACCCGUUGGUGUUUGUGGUCAAAUCAUUCCAUGGAAUUUCCCUCUUUUGAUGUUCGCAUGGAAAAUCGCUCCUGCCGUCGCAGCUGGUUGUACCGUUGUUAUCAAGCCUUCUGAAAUCACCCCUUUGACUGCUCUUUACAUGACCAAACUCUUCGAGGAAGCCGGUGUACCCGCUGGUGUCAUCAAUGUCAUUGUUGGUUACGGAAACACCGUUGGAUCCGCUCUUGCUUCUCACCCCGAUAUCGACAAGGUCGCCUUUACCGGUUCCACCGCUGUCGGUCGAUUGGUCAUGGAAGAAGCUUCCAAAUCUAACAUCAAAAAAGUAUCCCUUGAACUCGGUGGUAAGGGAUCUAACAUCAUCUUCGAAGAUGCCAACUUUGACGAGGCUGUCAAAUACGCUUGCCAAGGUAUCUUCUUCAACCACGGUCAAACUUGUUGUGCCGGAUCUCGAAUCUACGUUCACAAGAACAUCUACGAUAAAUUCGUAGAAGCUUUCAAAGCUGCUUCUGGCAAACUCAGAGUCGGAGACCCAUUCGAGCCAAGCACAUACCAAGGACCUCAAGUGUCUCAACUCCAAUACGACCGAAUCAUGAAAUACGUUGAAAUCGGUAAAGAAGAAGGUGCUACUGUCAUCACCGGCGGUAAACGACACGGUGAAUCCGGUUACUUCAUUGAACCGACUGUAUUCGGUGACGUAAACGCCAACAUGAAGAUUGUCCGAGAAGAAAUCUUUGGUCCCGUCGUCGUUGUUUCACCUUUCGAAUCUGAGGAAGAAGUCGUCGAAUCUGCAAACGAUUCAGUCUAUGGUUUAGCUUCAGCUGUAUUCACCCAAGACAUCUCAAGGGCCACGAGAGUAGCGGGCAACUUGAAAGCUGGUACCGUAUGGAUCAACUGUUACAAUGAAUUACACCCUCAAGUACCUUUCGGUGGUUUCAAACAAUCUGGUCUCGGACGUGAAUUGGGUGAAUACGCACUUGAAUCUUACACCGAAACAAAGGCUGUCCACGUCAACAUCAGUGGUAAAUGUGGUAUCCCCCUUUAA